AUGUCAAAGAGACAAGCCGAGCUGCCUCUAGACGAGAACUAUCCCGGAUCGCCUGCGUCGAAAAAGGCACGUGUGGAGGAUGACAACGACGGCGAUUUGCCCAACGGGGGCGCGCCUGCGCAACAACCCAACGACCAGGAGAUGGGCGCAGUCGAGCGCAAUGGUGCAGGUACCACUACAGUUGGGGUGCUAGAGGACCAGGACCUGCAGGAUGGGGAGCAAGAUCUUUCAGAGUCCUCGGAUAUCGACGAAGAGGUCUCCGCCCUCAGUGCGCCCAAACGACAAGCUCAGCCCAUGGAAGGCUACGAUGACCUCUAUCUUGACACCGUCAACCGCCAGGUGUUGGAUUUUGAUUUUGAGAAGCUGUGCUCGGUCAGCCUCUCAAACAUUAAUGUGUAUGCCUGCCUCGUCUGUGGCAAAUAUUUCCAAGGUCGUGGACCCAAGUCGCACGCAUAUUUCCAUUCCCUCGAAGACAACCAUCAUGUUUACAUCAAUAUGGGAACGAAGAAGGUCUAUGUCUUGCCGGAGGGAUACGAGGUUAAGAGCAAAAGCUUAGAGGACAUAAAGUAUGUGGUUGAUCCAAUCUUCACAAAAUCGGAGGUGGUGAAGUUGGACAAGGAAGUCCAUGACGCCUGGGACCUCUCGGGGACUAGGUACCGACCAGGUUUUGUCGGUAUGAACAAUAUCAAAGCCAAUGACUACCUGAAUGUUGUCGUCCAACUUUUGGCGCAUGUCCAUCCCAUUCGAAACUUCUUCCUCCUUCACGAGUUCCCGACACCAGGUACUCCUGAACUCGCUCUUCGAUUUAGUACUCUUGUUCGCAAGCUCUGGAAUCCAAAGGCAUUCCGGUCCCAUGUCUCACCGCAUGAGCUGUUACAAGAGAUUGCAUUGCGGUCAUCGAAACGCUUUACCCUAACCCAGCAAUCCGACCCUGUGGAAUUCCUAUCUUGGUUCCUGAACAACCUUCACCUCUCUCUGGGUGGGUCAAAAAAGUCGUCUGCAACGCCCACGAGUGUCGUCCAAGCUGCUUUUCAGGGCCAGCUUCGCAUCGAAAGUCAGGCUAUCACCGCACACUCCGAUACACAAAAUGCCCGCCUGGUGUUCACAGAAUCCGGUGACAUCAAAAGCCAGGUUACGCCCUUCCAAAUCCUCACUCUCGACCUCCCACCAACUCCCCUCUUCCAAUCGGCCAAUCGAGAGUCUAUCAUUCCACAAGUCCCUCUGACCACUCUACUGAACAAGUAUAAUGGCCGAGAGGCUUCCGAAAAGAUGGCGCAUCGUGUCCGACACCGCCUCCUGCAUCCUCUUCCACCUUACCUCUUCUUCCAUAUCAAACGUUUCAGCAAGAACCGCUUCGUCAGCGAACGUAACCCUACUAUUGUUACGUUCCCCUCCCCACGCUCCCUCGACAUGUCUCCGUAUGUGGAGCCCAGCCCGUCUGUCUACCCACCUAGUGAGCCUAUUCUCUACGAUCUCGUCGCGAACAUCAUCCUCGACCCUUCUAUCGCCGCACCUGGUGCCACCGAAGAUGCAGCUGAUAAGGGUGUGAACGCUGCCUCCGGUGCAGGUGGCUCAUCGUCGGGGGCCGGCGCAGGCACUGAAAAGGUCUCUUGGCUCGUACAGUUGCACGAUAAAGCCGUGUCUGCAGAGAACGCGCGCCACACUGGCGGUGCGGAGCAGCAGCAACAACGCAAUUCGGAGUGGCUUGAGAUCCAGGACCUUUUCGUCAAGCGUGCUGAGAGCGAGACUUUGUUCACACGGGAGGGCUACCUUAUGGUUUGGGAGCGGAGAAAAGCCCCCGCGCCGAAGGCAAAGGGGAAAUCCAAGUAA